ACGAAGGUUACCUUUCGGAUCCUUGAGAAGUACUUAACCCGGCGGCCCUCCGGCGCCAUGAGGAGCUUCAAAGGAGUCAACUUUGGAGCUCUGCUAAGCAGCCAGAAGGAGGCCGAAGAUCUGCUACCUGACCUGAAGGAGUUCUUGUCCAAGCUUCCAGCUGGUUCUCCCAGCUGCCCAUCUGAUGCCGAGAGGAGACAAGCUUGUGAUGCCAUCCUCAGGGCUUGCAACCAGCAGCUGACUGCCAAGCUAGUUUGCCGUGAGCACCUAGGGAGCCUGCUGGAGCUGGCAGAGCUGGCUUGCAAUGGCUACUUGGAGUCCACCCCCCAGCGCCCACCCCUCUACCUGGAGCGAAUUCUCUUCAUCUUUCUGCGGAACGUUGCCACACAGGGAAUCCCAGAGGCCACGCUGCGUCUCGCUCAGCCCCUCCAUGCCUGCUUGAUGCGGUGCUCUCGCCAAGCUGCUCCCCAGGACUACGAAGCUGUGGCCCGGGGCAGUUUUUCUCUGCUUUGGAAGGGGGCAGAAGUCCUGGUGGAGCGGCGAGCUGCGUUCUCAGCCCGGCUGAAGGCCUUGAGCUUUCUAGUACUCUUGGAGGAUGAAAGUACCCCUUGUGAAGUUCCCCACUUUGCUUCUCCAACAGCCUGUCGAGUGGUGGCUGCCCAUCAGCUAUUUGAUGUCAGUGGGCAUGGUCUGAAUGAAACAGAUGCUGACUUCCUAGAUGACAUGCUCUCCAGGCAUGUGAUCAGCGCCUUGCUGGGUGAGGGAGGGGGUUCUCCUGGUGCUCUUUCUCCCCAGAGGGCCCUCUGUCUCUUGGAGCUCACCCUGGAACACUGCCGUCGCCUCUGCUGGAGCCGCCACCACGUCAAGGCCACCAGGGCAAUGAAGAAGGCCCAUGAUUACCUAAGGAUCACCAAUCUGGCCCCUAGCCUCCAGCUGUGCCAGCUGGGAGUUGAGCUGCUGCAGAUCAGAGAAGGAGGACCCCAGGCAGUGGCCAAGCUUCUGAUCAAGGCAUCAGCUGUCCUGAACAGCUGUAUGGAGGCACCAUCACCCCCGCUGCGGGCAUUGUGUGACAGCUGCCAGUUCUUCCUCUCAGGCCUGGAGCGAGGCAUCAAGAGACACUAUGGACUUGAUGCUGUUCUGGGCCUCUUUGCUUUUCUGGGCGGGUACCGCUCCCUCAUCCGGCAGCUGCAGGAUGGUGUCUGUGGGGACCCCUCCAAGCAGCAGCAGGCUUUGAUUCAGAUGCACUUUCAGGGACUUCACCUCUACACUGUGGUGGUUUAUGACUUUGCCCAAGGCUGUCAGGUAGCUGAUUUGGCUGACCUGGCCCAGCUAGUGGAAAGUUGCAAAUCUACCGUUGUCUGGCUGCUGGAGGCGUUACAGGGCCUGUCAGGCCGAGAGCUAACGGACUACCUGGGGAUGACUGCCUCUUACACCAGUAACUUGGCCUACAGCUUCUACAAUCACAAGCUCUAUGCUGAGGCCUGUGCCAUCUCCGAGCCCUUCUGCCAGCACCUGGGCUUGGCAAAGCCAGGCACCUAUCCUGAGGUGCCUCCUGAGAAGUUGCACAGGUGCUUCCGGCUGCAUGUAGAGAGUCUGAAGAAACUGGGUAAACAGGCCCAGGGCUGCAAGAUGGUGACUUUGUGGCUGGCAGCCCUUCAGCUCUGUGGCCCCAAACACAUGGCUGAGCCAGUCACCUUCUGGGUGCGGGUCAAGAUGGAUGCAGCCAGAGCUGGAGACAAGGAGCUACAGCUGCGGACUCUGCGAGACAGCCUGAGCGGCUGGGACCCGGAGACCCUGGCCCUCCUGCUCAGGGAGGAGCUGCAGGCCUACAAGGCAGUGCGGGCCAACACGGGACAGGAGCGGUUCAACGUCAUCUGUGACCUGCUGGAGCUGAGCCCCGAGGAGACACCAGCUGGGGCCUGGGCUCGAGCCACCCACCUGGUGGAGCUGGCUCAGGUGCUCUGCUACCACGACUUUGCCCAGCAGACCGACUGCUCUGCCCUGGAUGCUAUCCGGGAGGCCCUGCAGCUUCUGGAGUCUGUGAGGCCGGAGGCCCAGGCCAAGGAUCGGUUUCUGGAUGAUAAAGCACAGGCCCUGCUGUGGCUCUACAUCUGUACCCUGGAGGCCAAAAUGCAAGAAGGUAUCGAGCGGGAUCGGAGAACCCAGGCCCCGAGUAAUCUGGAAGACUUUGAAGUCAAUGACCUGAACUACGAAGAUAAACUCCAGGAGGAUCGUUUCCUAUAUAGUAACAUUGCCUUCAACCUGGCUGCAGAUGCUGCUCAGUCCAAAUGCCUGGACCAAGCCCUGGCCCUGUGGAAGGAGGUGCUCACGAAGCGGCAGGCCCCCGCUGUGCGGUGUCUCCAGCAGACAGCAGCCUCGCUGCAGAUUCUAGCGGCCCUCUAUCAGCUGGGGGCAAAGCCCCUGCAGGCUCUGGAAGUCCUCCUGCUUGUACGGAUCGUCUCCCAGAGACUGGAGGACCACGCAAAGGCAGCUGGCUCCUCCUGCCACAUCACCCAGCUCCUCCUGACGCUCGGCUGUCCCAGCUAUGCCCAGUUACACCUGAAAGAGGCAGAAUCAAGUCUAAAGCUUCUGGAUCACACCACUGACGCCUACCAGCUCCUCUCCCUGACCCGCGACCUACUGCAAAGUCAACUUUACUGUGCUCACCAGAAGGUGACUGAGGGCGCCUCUCUGUUGCUGUGUGUGCUUCGAGACCCUGCCCUCCAGAGGUCCUCCAAGGCCUGGUACUUGCUCCGUGUCCAGGCCCUGCAGCUGGUGGCAGUCUACCUUAGCCUCCCAGCAGACAGCCUGUCCGCCUCCCUGGGGGAGCAGCUCUGUGCCCAAGGCUGGCAGACACCUGAGAUAGCACUCAUCGACUCCCAUAAGCUCCUCCGAAGCAUCAUCCUCCUGCUCAUGGGCAGUGAUGUGCUCUCGAUUCAAAAAGCAGCAGUGGAGACACCAUUUCUGGACUAUGGUGAAAAUCUGAUACAAAAAUGGCAGGUUCUUACAGAGGUGCUGAGCUGCUCGGAGAAGCUGGUCUCCCGCCUGGGCCGCCUGGGCAGUGUGAGCGAAGCCAAGGCUUUUUGCUUGGAGGCCCUGAAACUUACAACGAAGCUACAGAUUCCGCGCCAGUGUGCCCUAUUCCUGGUGCUGAAGGGCGAGCUGGAGCUGGCGCGCAAUGACGUCGACCUCUGUCAGUCGGACCUGCAGCAGGUUCUCUUCUUGCUUGAGUCUUGCACAGAGUUUGAUGGACUAGCCCAGCGCCCGGACUCUGGGAAGAAGGUCCACCUGCAAAAGCGGAAGCAGCCGGCCCGCGGCCCGCGGCCUCCAGAGCUCCCGGAGGAGGAGCCCUUCCUGAGAGGCCCUGCCCUGGAGCUGGUGGCCACUGUGGCCAAGGAGCCUGGCCCCAUAGCACCUUCUACUAACUCCUCCCCUGUCCUGAAAAUGAAGCCCCAGCCCAGCCCCGGCUUCCUGACCCAUUCGCCCACCUGUGACUGCUCGCUCUGUGCCAACCCUGUCCUCUCAGCAGUCUGUCUGCGUUGGGCGUUGGUCACAGCAGGGGUGAGGCUGGCCAUGGGCCAUGAGGCCCAGGGUCUGGAUCUGCUGCAGGUCGUGCUGAAGGGUUGCCCUGCAGCCACUGAGCGCCUCACCCAAGCUCUGCAAGCUUCCCUGAGUCACAAAGCACCCCCUUCCCCUGUCCCGAGCCACUUGAAUGAGCUCUUUGCUCAGGCAUACACACAGCUAGCACUGGAGGGGCUGAGCCGGCCAUCAAAUAAGAGCCUGGGGAAGGUCCUGGAGUCAGGGCUGAAGUUUGUGGCAGCGCAGAUACCCCACCUGGAGCCCUGGCGAGCCAGCCUGCUCUUGAUUCGGGCCCUUGCAAAGCUGGCUGGCCUCAGCUCCUGUACUACCCAACUCUUUGCAAGCUCCUGGGGCUGGCAGCCACCAUUGGUAAAGGACCCCCCAGGCUCAGAGCCCUCUAAGCCUCGGAGCCAAAAGCAUUCUGGACGAGGGCGCCAGCAGGCUGUCUCUGCAACCCCGCCCCUCCAUAAUACCUCUCUGAAAGGUCUGGAAGGUAGAGGACCACCCUGUACACCUAAGCCCCCAGGCCGGAGCAGGCAGGCCGGCCCUCGUGUCCCUUUCACCGUGUUUGAGGAAGUCUUCCCUACACAGAGCAAGCCUGAGGUUCCCAAGGCCCCCAGAGUACAACAGAGGGUCCAGACGCGCCUCAAGGUGAACUUCAGUGAUGACAGUGACUUGGAAGACUUUGUCUCAGUUGAGGGGCGGCUUGCAGAGGGGCCCAAGAGACGAGGUACUGCUUCCCAGGGCCGGGGCCGCGCUAGGAAAGGCCCAAGCUCGAAGACCGAUGCAGUGGCUGCCCCAGGUAGUGCACCUGGGCGCCCUGGCCUCAGUGGCAGGAGCCGGAGGACCAAGACGGUGGCCUCAGGACAUUGUGAGGAGCUGGGCCCCGAGAUCAUGAGGACCAUCCCUGAAGAGGAACUGACUGACAACCAGAUGGAAAUGAGCUUUGAGAUCCUCAGGGGCUCUGAUGGGGAAGACUCAGCCUCAGGUGGGAAGGCAGCAGCGCCAGGGCCUGAUACGGCCAUAGGAGAAUGUGAGGUGUUGAGACGGGAUGCCAGCAAAGAGGAGCUGCCUGUCCCGUGCCCAGACAAGGAGAGAGACAAGGAUCUGGGUCCUCGGCUCCGACUCCCCUCAGCCCCUGCAGCCAUCGGUCUCUCUACCCUGGAUUCCAUCUGUGACUCACUGAGUAUUGCCUUCCGUGGGAUCAGUCACUGCCCUCCCAGUACACUCUAUGCUCACCUCUGCCGCUUCCUGGCCCUGUGCCUGGGCCACCGAGAUCCCUAUGCCACUGCCUGCCUUGUCACUGAGUCUGUCUCCAUCACCUGUCGCCACCAGCUGCUCACCCACCUCCACAGGCGGCUCAGCAAGUCCCAGAAGCAUCGAGGAUCGCCUGAUGUGGCAGACCAGCUGCAGGGGCUGAGCCUCCAGGAGAGGCCCGGAGAUGUCCCCCUGGCCCGCAUCCAGCGCCUCUUUUCCUUCAGACUUUCGGGAUCUGGCCACUUCCCCCAGCCCGAGAAGGAGAGUUUCCAGGAGUGCCUGGCUCUGAUCCCCAGUGGGGUGACUGUGUGUGUGUUGGCCCUGGCCACCCUCCAGCCUGGAACUGUGGGCAACACCCUCCUGCUGACCCGGCUGGAAAAAGACAAUCCCCCAGUCACUGUGCAGAUCCCCACUGCCCAGGGCAAGCUGCCUCUGAGUUUAGCCCUGAAAGAGUUUGAUGCCAUCCAGAAGGAACAGAAAGAGAACAGCAGCUGUACUGACAAACGAGAAUGGUGGACAGGGCGGCUAGAACUGGACCACAGGAUGGAGGUUCUCGUCACUUCGCUGGAGAAGUCUGUGCUGGGCUGCUGGAGGGGGCUGUUGCUGCCAUCCAGUCAGGACCCCGGCCCUGCCCAGGAGGCCUCCCGCCUACAAGAGUUGUUGCAGGGAUGUGGCUGGAAAUAUCCUGACCCCACUCUGCUGAAAAUCAUGCUCAGUGCUGCUGGUACGCUCACCUCUCAGGACGUGCAGGCCCUGGCCUACGGGCUGUGCCCAGCCCAGCCAGAGCGAGCCCAAGAGCUCCUGACGGAGGCUAUAGGACGUCUACAGGGUCAGACAGUAGCGAGCAAUAGCCACCUUGUCUUAGUGCUAGACAAGGACCUGCAGAAGCUGCCAUGGGAGAGCAUGCCCAGCCUCCGGGCACUGCCUGUCACUCGGCUGCCCUCCUUCCGAUUCCUCCUCAGCUACUCCAUCAUCAAAGAGGUUGGGGCCUCGUCAGUGCUGAGCCAAGGGGUGGAUCCACACAGUACCUUCUAUGUCCUGAACCCUCACAAUAACCUGUCAAACACUGAGGAGCAAUUUCGAGCUCAUUUUAGCAGUGAAGCUGGCUGGAAAGGGGUUGUCGGGGAAGUGCCGAGCCCGGAACAGGUGCAGGCAGCCCUGACGGAGCAUGACUUAUAUAUCUAUGCAGGCCAUGGGGCCGGUGCCCGCUUCCUGGACGGGCAGGCCGUCCUGCGGCUGAGCUGCCGGGCCGUGGCCCUGCUGUUUGGCUGCAGCAGUGCAGCCCUGGCUGUGCAUGGCAACCUGGAGGGGGCUGGCAUCGUGCUCAAGUAUAUCAUGGCUGGCUGUCCCCUGUUUCUGGGUAACCUCUGGGAUGUGACUGACCGUGACAUUGACCGCUACACAGAGGCUCUGCUGCAGGGCUGGCUUGGAGCAGGCCCAGGAGCUCCCCUUCUCUACUAUGUCAGCCAGGCCCGCCAGGCUCCCCGACUCAAGUAUCUUAUUGGGGCUGCCCCCGUAGCCUAUGGCUUGCCUGUCUUCCUGCAGUGACCCCUUGGAACUGUCCUAUCGCUGACUGUUCUACCUCCAAAGUUAGAUUUAACCCUUAGGGUAAAUAUUUUAAAUGAUUUU